AUGAGUACUCUAAACAACGUCGACUCAGUUGAACAGGGCAGCGCCAUCAAGCCCUCUGUUGCCCCCGACGGGCCAAUGACCACCAAGGGCCACCAACCCGGUCGCAAGGUUAACGAGGCUGACCAGCGGCCCACCUUCGAGGCGCAGACUUUCCCAGAGGGCACCGCACCUGCAAGCAGCUCACACCAGCCGAACCCCGUCUCCAACCCAGGAAGCCAGGCUCUCAACCCAGAUGUGCUCCGCGCCCACGGCAAGGAGUCCGUGUACACAGCGCCAGGAGACACGUUGAUGGGCUCCACAUCGGCAGACGUAAACCGGGGCAUGGGCAAGCCGAUGCAGGGCCAGACGAACACCGAGAUCCAACACGAAGGCGCUCACGGCCGCAAGAAGCAGCCCUCCGGCCUGGAAGGGGUUGGGGCCACCAAUGAGGAUCGUGGAAUCGAGCGCCAGCUCCCGGACCAGCGCGGGCUGGAGAAGGAGCAAAAUAUGAGUGGUCUACGAGGGAACAAGGCUGAGCGAGCGGCGGAGGAUAUGGAACCCAAUACAGCAUAA